AUGGAGGAACUGGAGCAAGGCCUGUUGAUGCAGCCAUGGGCUCGGCUACAGCUUGCUGAGAACUCUCUCCUGGCUAAAGCUUAUAUUACUAAGCAGGGCUAUGCCUUGCUGGUUUCAGAUCUUCAAGAGGUGUGGCACGAACAGGUGGAUGCCAGUGUGGUCAGCCAGCGAGCCAAGGAGCUGAACAAGCGCCUGACUGCCCCCCCUGAGGCUUUCCUCAGUCAUCUGGAUGAUCUGCUUCGCCCACUGUUGAGGGACAUGGAUUGCCCUGGAAAAGCUACCUUCUCCUGUGAUCACGUGGCGGAGGCACUGAUACUGCGGGUGCGGAGUGAGCUCUCCGGUCUCCCCUUCUGCUGGACUUUCCACUGCAUCCCAGCUAGCCCUUCCCUGGUUUCCCAGCAUUUGAUUCGUCCCCUGAUGGGCAUGAGCCUGGCCCUGCAGUGCCAAGCGAGGGAGCUGGCCACGCUGCUUCACAUGAAGGACCUGGAGAUCCAGGACUACCAGGAGAGCGGGGCCGCACUGAGCCGAGAUCGGUUGAAGACAGAGCCGUUUGAAGAAGCGUCUUUCUUGGAACAGUUUAUGGUAGAGAAACUGCCAGAGGCAUGCAGUGUUGGGGAUGGAAGACCCUUUGUGACGCAUCUACAGAACCUGUACACGGCAGUCACCCGACGAGAGGUCCAAGUGAGGCAGAAGCUCAAAGACGCCGGAGAUCCUCAGGCCUCGGGGAGUGCCUCCCCCCACAGAACCAAUAGCCAACUUCCGAGCCAGCUGGAUGAGCCGGUUUCCUCGGCACCAGCCCACCCGGAGCCCGAGAAAGAGCCCACAGGUACUUCGGGCCCUGUGCAGAGACCUCAGCUGUCCAAGGUCAAGAGGAAGAAGCUAAAGGGGCUCUUCAGUUGAACUGCCUACUCUCUCAGCCGCUGAGGGUGGACGUGGAGAGUAGCUUCCUAGGGCCGCCUUGAAAGGAGCCCCUGUGGCAGCAGUGUCUCUGCCACCGUGUCCCAGUCAGAGGCAGGCUCGCCGAAGUCCACCCAGGGCACUGGAGGCCGCCUGAGCCGGUACUGUUCAACGAGCGAAUCUUGGCUCCAGCCCCUCGGGCACUGGCCUUCCCUGUCCAGGUGGAAGCCAGUCUAGCUUUCUAGACUGGUGGAGGGUCCCUGGACCCAGGACCCUACCGUGGGCUUCAGGUAUACAGGACACGUCAGCAACAAGGCACAACGCACUUAGGAAGCCUUGUCUACCUUUCUCAGGCGUCCCCCUAGCCAGUCCCAGGUGCUCCUCAGAGACACACUCCUCCCGUUAGCAUGGAAUAAAAACCCUCACGCUCCGCUGCUUA